AUGUCAGAUGCUCAGGCUAAUGCUGUUGCUAUCAUUGUUCGCGUCUUUGACACGCGGCUCCGGGAUCUCGAGGUCGACAAAUUGACGAAACUUGCGUCAGGGCUUACCCAGGAAACCACCGGUUUUCCCACCCUCACUGUCACUGAGAACCUCUGUAAACUUUUGGCAAGAUCAUUGUCGAGUAACGAGAACGAUGCUUUGUUCAAGACGGCCAUGAUGCUUGAUGACCUUUGGAGGAACCCAAGAGCCUACAGGACUGCGGACGGUUCAGCGGAUGCGCCCAUUGCAUACUUAGGCAGACUAAGUGCUGGCGUGGUGAUAGAUGCUGUCUCCAAGUGGCAUGACAUCGUGGACACAGCCCCGACGCCUGGCAUAUCCGCUCCAGUGGAAGGGUUGUCGAUCGGUCCGCGAACACCUGUUUCGUCUUCGCGUGCCGGGUUCCACCACGCAGGAUCAUUUGUCACCGGGAACAUCGCUCAAUGUUCGAGUAAGGAGGACUACAACUGGAGUCUAUUCGACGACGAUAUCUUCGGUAGUUUCGACUGGUACGGAGAGACGUCAUAUGCGUGA